AUACCCUUGUCCUCGGGUUACCGAGUUAAAAACGCUGCCUUCUCCUUUUUUGCUGCACUAAUCUAAGAGCCCAGGUAUAGUUUGCUUUAUUAUGGCUUAUUUAUUCGUAUUAUAAUUUAAAUUUGUCAACUGAAUGAGAACUUGAACAAUUAAAUAUCUUAUAAUAGUUUUUUGAUAUAUAUAAUUAUCCGAGAGAUUGAAAUGAUUUGUUUUUCAAUACUUGAAAUCUAAUUUCAAUUCUCUAAACUAUAAUAGCUUUUUAUCAAAGUUCUCUUUCUCUCUCUCUCUCUCUCUCUCUCUAUUUCUCUUUUCUUAUUAUUUUAUUAUGAAUAGUGUUGAUAAUUUUUCAAUUUAUUUAUUAAUAACUUUGCAGAUAACUUUGGUUUCCUGACCUCUUUUGGUAAAAGGAUUCAGUUAUUCAUAAUAUGAGGUUAAUUCACUUUUUUGCUGCAUAAAUUAAAAGUACUAGAGAAGCAAUGGGCAGUUUUUCCGCUAACUCAAUGAACAAUUAUAACAAUUAUGACUAUUCUGGUAACCACGUAGUGGCCAUGGAAACGGACAACGUUGUUGAAAUAGACACUGAUGCCGAUAUGUAUCCUAUUACCAAAAAUGCUGAAUAUUUACAAGAUGAAAGAUUAAUAAAAACUAGUUUUGGAGACUUACCAUCAAUUCCUUCCUCGUGCAGAAUUAGAAAGAAAAAACGUCGAACUUAUACGUUGGGUGAGCGAAAAGCUAUUAUAAAGUACAUUGAAGAUGAAGGAAUGGUUUCGGCAAGAAGGAAAUUUAAGUUUCAAAGGAGCCAACUAUCCUCCUGGUCAGCCAAAGAUGUUUCGAACUUGAGUGGCAGCUUUCAGCAAUGCCAACCGAAAUUGAAUAGUCACCUUCCUUAUUCUAAUUACGUUGAAGAAGCUCUGACGGCAUUUAUCACGAGCGGUCGAAAAAAGACAAUAUAUGAACUAGAAGAACAAGCCUUACGUCUCGUUGCCACCCAAGUUCGAAAAUCUGGUGCUGGCAUUAGAUUGAUGAAUCAUGUCUUGAGAAGAAUUUCCGGAAAAAUAACGGAAGAUGUAAAUGUUCUUUUGGACAACAGCAACAAACCUCUAGCAAAUUUUUAUUCGACAAGAAGACCUCUUGGAGUUAGACAGAAAACCUGUCAGGGCAGUGUAAUAUCACGAUAUUAUGGUAUGACAUCCCCUAUACUAUAA